AUGACCUAUGCUUCCAUGACCGCAUCUGACGGUGCAUUUGUCGUACCCGUGAUGUCGAGCUUGAGUGGCUUUGAUGCCGAUCCAACCUCUGAAUUCCUGACAGAGGAGGCUUUCUCAGGCGACAAUUCUGCAGACUUGAACCUCGUGUCAUCGUCGCAAUAUCCGGGACAAGACCAGCCAGAGGACCUGAUGAUCUCCGGUUACAUGCCCUUGGACACUUCGCCACUGUACCAUCAUGGAAUGAUGAACAACUUCAGCUCGCAGAACUUCUCAGUCCAGAGACUGCCAACACCCCCUCCAGAGGAUUAUGUCCGUGAUUGUCUCUCCGCCCAGACCUUGCAUGAGAAGCCGUGCCCGGAUGCCCAGGACUCCGCUUUUUACGGGACCAACCCCGUCUCAAAGGGAUUGCCAGACAGCCUCAAGGGACGCACAGUGUUUCGACCCAGGCCCAUUCGAUCUGCAUCAGAACGGAAUGGCGUCGUUGACCCAAGUGUUUCGUGUAUCAUCCCUGCUGAGACCCGGAGCCCCAAGGAGGAACAGUCAGACCGAGAAAAGGCCAGGAGUGGACCGCUCUACGAAGCCAGGCCCGACAAAAGUGGACACUAUCAUUGCCCCAUGUUCGAGAAGCUCAAGUGCAACCACCAACCCACCAAGCAGAAAUGCAUCUACAACAAAUACGUGGACUCCCAUUUGAGGCCGUACCGCUGCCGUUUUACAGAUCGACCAGAAUGCGAGGAUCUCAGGUUUUCUUCUAAUGCAUGCCUCCUGCGUCACGAAAGAGAGGCCCAUGGAGAACACAACCACGGAGUGAACCCCUACUUGUGCAAAUUCCCGGACUGUGACCGUGCUCGAGAGGGCAAUGGAUUUCCUCGCCGAUGGAAUCAGCGUGACCAUAUGAAACGAGUCCACCAAUACGAAGAACCUGAGCCUCUUCCCAAGAAGAGUUCAGCCGCUCAAAGUCAGAACAAGAGGAAGAAGCCGACAUCUGUCCCCAUGAGGAGGUCCAACUCCUCCACACUGUCCAAGGCUCAUGCGAUGGCGAAUGCUGCCAUCCAAGCCCAGACCUACGGCCAGGCUAUUUCCCGGGCCCAGUACGUCGCUCCAGGCGCGUAUACCAUCCAGACUCAGGAUUAUGAGGCAAUGAUGCCACAAACAGUGUCGAUGGACGACGUCCAGUUCUCUCCCAGGCCUGCCAUCUCCAGGAUAAGCCGGGUGUCACCACCAUAUGCCGGGGUCUAUCCUUCAUGA